CUGUGGACACUAAGCAAUGUGUCUUAGAUCUUUAUUAAGCCAUAAUGAAGAUAUCUGUCUGAGGGUGGCAGAGUGAUUUUGUUUUAUUAUGCAAUAAUAAAUACCUCUUAGGGUGACAGAAGAAAACUGGAAAGGCACCUGAGUCCAGAGCUAAACUGAGUCCAUACCUCAAACUUCCAGACAUCUCCUGAAGGAUGACACAAAGAUAGAAAAGUGAAGACAGCAUUUCUUCAUGAACAGAGUAUUAUUUGAUUUCUCUUUUUUACCAAAGAUGGCAGCAGAAAACACAAACUACACUCUAGAGCUACAACUCCCAGUCUGGUCUACUUAUCUCUUAGAAGGUUGUCAGCACUUCAUGAUAUAUCCUUUGACAAUGCUAGCAAUUCUGAUAGUAUUAUAUUAUCCUUUACUUUUUUCAUUCUCUGUGCUCUAUAUGGGCAGUGCAUAUUAUGCCUUUUGUAGAAAACUUUAUGACUUACCAGAUGAUAUCAAGAGUGAACAAUGGAGAAAACCAAGGAAAAUGUUGGCACUUGUGUCAGAUGUUGUUGGCAAGAUAUUACAUGGUUAUGAGGUCUGUGGAAUAGAAAACCUACCAGAAGGACCGGCCAUUUUGCUUUAUUAUCAUGGAGCUUUAACUGUGGAUUAUUAUCUCUUGGUAUUACGCAUCUAUAGACACACUGGUAGAUUCUGCUGUUCUGUGGUAGACCAUCUUCUUUUCAAUAUGCCAGGACUACAGCGGUAUUUUCACAUCAAUUAUUGUUCUCACCCUACAAGAGAAGACUGUGUGGAACUUCUGAGGAAAGGGAAUCUAGUGGGCAUUGCACCAGGUGGACUUCGAGAGCAAAACUAUGGAGAUCAUACGUACAAACUUGUGUGGGGGAAACGUAAAGGAUUUGCGCAAGUAGCCAUAGAUGCAAAAGUGCCCAUUAUUCCUGUGUUCACUCAAAAUAUCAGAGAAGGAUAUAGAACCUAUGGUCGCAUAAGAAUAAUGAAAUGGAUUUAUGAAAGAACACGGACCAUCUUCUUUCCAGUAUAUGGACUAAUUCCAGUCAAAUUGUGGACACAUAUUGGACAACCAAUUCCAUAUGAUCCAAAUAUAACUGCUGAUGAACUGGCUGAAAAAGCCAAAAAGGCAGUAGAAGCUUUACGAGACAAACAUCAAAAAAUACCUGGAAGUAUACUAAGAGCCCUUUGGGAACGCUUUGAGGUGCAUCACAAAGACGAAUAAUGGGAAUAAUAAAUUGUGUAUGCAAUGAAAUGAACUGCAGCAGUACUUUCGUUAGUGCUUCUAGACUUGGAUCCAAGCUUUCACAAAGGCCUUUUCUCCUUCUAUUAACCUGCCACACAGUUAAGAUGAUCAGGGAGGCCUUUCUCUCUGUUGCACCAUCAACACAGUUGGACUUGGUGGGGAUAUGAGAGAGGGCCUUGUUUAUCACUACCCCAGACUCUAGAACUCCCUCCCAUAGGAGGCCAGGUUGGCCCCAUCAUUCCCUGUCUUUUUUCCUUAGUGACAGGCUGUCACUAAGGAAGGUUUUUAAAUUAGAUGGUUUGCAUUUUGUUGCGUCUAAAUCUGUUUUAGUAAUGCUUUA